CCUUGUUUCAUCAGCUGUGUUUCCGCUUCACAUGGUCAAGUUGUUUAUAGCAAGAAAAAGGCAGCCUGUGUAAAACAGUGCACUUACGUCGUGUUUUUUGUUUUAAUUCAAAACCAUAAGUGCAUACAUUUAUUGGCGAAUAUGCUUCUUUUCUGUCCAACAUGUGGAAAUGUUUUAAUUGUUGAGGAAGGACAGAAGUGCAUGAGAUUCGCCUGUAACACAUGUCCGUACGUACAUAACAUCACAAGAAAGGUAAAUAACAGGAAGUAUCCUAAGUUGAAAGAGGUGGAUGACGUUCUGGGUGGUUCUGCAGCCUGGGAAAACGUGGAUUCGACUGCUGAAACAUGUCCCAAGUGUGAACAUCCUCGGGCGUAUUUCAUGCAGAUUCAGACCAGAUCAGCAGAUGAACCAAUGACUACUUUCUACAAAUGCUGCAAUGCCCAAUGUGGACAUCGAUGGAGAGACUAAUGCAGUUGUAGUUAAAGCUCAGGGGACCUUGAGUUGGUCCCUUGUCUCAAAAUACUCAACCUUUUAUUUAUUGCUAAGGCUCUGGUGGAUGUUGUAGAUUCUUUUGAUGAUUUCAAGAUUGCAUAAUUUUUCAGACGUUUCCAUGAAGUAAUCACUUCCCAUGCACAGUAAAAUAAAUUUCAAUGAAAACUGUUAA